CCAUGGAACCCGAUAAAAUGCCUGCUAUCCACCACUGCCUCUCAGACUCUGCCACAGGAGUUGAGACUGGAGCCCCCCAGGGCACUGAGCUCAUUCCCAGGAGAACUGUCAGUCGCUCUCCAACCUGCGCCCGCUGCCGCAACCACGGCGUCACUGCCCACCUCAAGGGACACAAGCGCCUCUGCCUCUUCCAGGCUUGCGAGUGUCACAAGUGUGUCCUUAUCUUGGAGCGCCGAAGGGUCAUGGCUGCCCAGGUGGCCUUGCGUAGGCAGCAAGAGGCACAGCUAAAGAGGCACCUGGCUCAGGGACUGAUGAGAGGGGCAGCCCCUCCCAAAGCUCCCAGCCGUGUCAAGAAGGGAGUCACUCGACCAGGGAUCCCCCCUGGGAAGGAGAACAUAGCACCCCAGCCUCAGACCCCCCAUGGGGCAACCCCACUGGCCCUGACACCCCCUGGGAAGAACUCACAUGGGCCGCUGUUGCUUAGUCGUCCACCAGAAGCCUUGCCUUUGCCCUGGACUCCACUGCCUCCAGGCCCUUGGGCUCCUGGGCACUGGCUGCCUCCAGCCCUGUCCAUGCCACCCCCAGUGGUGUGCCGCUUGCUUUGCCAGGAACCUGCUGUCCCUCUACAUCCCUUCCCUGGCUUUGAUCCUGGCACCUCACUCCGCCUGCCCACUCAUGGGCCCCUCCCAACCUGCCCAGGACCUCGCCAAAUACUGACAGCUCCUCUUUCUGGAGAGCCCCAAGGACCCCCUGGUCUGCCCCGCACAUGCUCGACUCUGAUCCUCCAGCCCUGUGGCGCCCCAGACCCUCUUCUGCUGCAGCCACAGGUCCCUGGAGCCUCUCGCCUGGCCUGGACACCAGCCCCCUCAGAACGGCAGCUUCAGAGGGAGGCAGCUGAGGCCCUUGUGGGGCUGAAAGAUUCAUCCCAGGCUCCUCGCCUGACCCCUUCUAUCCCCCCUAACCCUGCCUGGAUCUCCCUGCUCCACCCCUGUGGCCCACCAGCUUCUGUUGGAGGAAGAGGAUUCCAGCCCGUUGGCCCCUCUCUCCGACCCAGUCCAGCUCCCUCCGUUGCUCUGCAUAUUGGGCAUCUAGGGUCCAUUUCUCUCCUGAGCUAG